CGGGUUGAGGGGAGCCGCGGGGCGGCGGCGGGCGGCCAUGUCGGAGAGCGAGGGUGGUGCGGCAGAUGCAGUUUCCACAUCUGCUUACUCAUCACCAGCCAAAAGUUUGGGAGACCCUGGAAUCACUCCGCUGUCUCCGUCGCAUAUCGUGAAGGACUCUGAUGCAGAAGAUGCUGUAGAACAGUUAUUUCUCGUUGUUGUGGCUAUUGAUUUUGGCACAACAUCCAGUGGCUACGCCUACAGCUUCACCAAGGAGCCGGAAUGUAUUCAUGUAAUGAGACGAUGGGAAGGUGGAGAUCCAGGUGUAUCCAACCAGAAGACACCAACUACUAUCCUCUUAACACCAGAAAGAAAGUUUCAUAGCUUUGGGUACGCAGCGAGAGAUUUCUACCAUGACUUGGAUCCCAGUGAAUCGAAGCACUGGUUGUAUUUUGAGAAGUUUAAGAUGAAGCUACAUACCACUAGUAAUCUUACCAUGGAGACGGACCUGACAGCUGCAAAUGGCAAAAAAGUCAAAGCACUUGAGAUAUUUGCUUACGCCCUGCAAUUUUUUAAGGAACAGGCAUUAAAGGAGCUCAGUGACCAAGCAGGUUCAGACUUUGAAAAUACUGAAGUAAGAUGGGUUAUUACAGUGCCUGCUAUUUGGAAGCAGCCUGCGAAGCAGUUUAUGAGACAAGCUGCCUACAAGGCAGGAAUGGCAAGCCCCGAAAACCCCGAGCAGCUGAUCAUCGCCCUGGAACCCGAGGCAGCUUCUAUCUACUGCCGGAAGCUCCGCCUUCACCAGAUGAUAGAGCUGAGCAGCAGAGCACCUGUCAAUGGCUAUAGCCCCAGUGACACCAUCGGAACUGGAUUUACACAAGCUAAGGAACACGUCCGUCGCAAUCGACAGAGUCGCACCUUUUUGGUGGAAAAUGUUAUAGGAGAAAUCUGGUCCGAACUGGAAGAAGGUGACCGUUACAUCGUUGUUGACAGUGGAGGAGGCACAGUGGAUAUGACUGUCCAUCAGAUCAGGCUCCCUGAAGGACAUCUUAAGGAACUGUACAAAGCAACAGGUGGGCCAUAUGGUUCCCUAGGUGUGGACUAUGAAUUUGAAAAGCUCCUGUGUAAAAUAUUUGGAGAAGAUUUUAUUGAGCAAUUUAAAAUCAAGCGUCCUGCUGCCUGGGUAGAUCUGAUGAUAGCAUUUGAGUCCCGUAAACGGGCAGCAGCUCCAGACAGGACCAAUCCACUAAACAUCACUCUGCCUUUCUCCUUCAUCGAUUAUUAUAAGAAGUUUCGAGGUCACAGUGUAGAACAUGCCUUGAGGAAAAGCAAUGUGGACUUUGUGAAGUGGUCUUCCCAAGGAAUGCUGAGGAUGAGCCCAGAUGCAAUGAAUGCACUCUUCAAACCUACAAUUGACCAGAUUGUUCAACACCUGAGUGAUGUGUUCGAUAAGCCAGAAGUGACCAAUGUCAAGUUUCUGUUCCUGGUGGGUGGCUUCGCUGAAUCCCCUUUACUCCAGCAAGCUGUCCAGAGCGCUUUUGGUUCCAGAUGUCGAGUCAUCAUUCCUCAGGAUGUGGGGCUCACUAUCCUCAAAGGAGCUGUUCUCUUUGGUCUAGACCCUGCUGUCAUCAAAGUGCGGCGUUCGCCUCUCACCUAUGGUGUGGGUGUGCUGAAUCGGUUUGUGGAAGGGAAGCAUCCACCGGAGAAGCUGCUAAUCAAAGAUGGCACGCGUUGGUGCACUGAUGUCUUUGACAAAUUUAUCUCCGCCGACCAAUCUGUCGCCCUUGGAGAAACUGUGACACGCAGUUACACACCUGCCAAACCUUCUCAGUUAGUAAUAGUGAUCAAUAUCUAUAGCUCAGAACAAGAUAAUGUCAGCUUCAUCACUGAAUCUGGAGUGAAAAAGUGUGGCACCCUUCGCCUGGAUCUCACAGGAACUGAUGCUUCCGUGCCAAACAGACGGGAGAUCAAAACACUUAUGCAGUUUGGGGACACUGAGAUCAAAGCCAUGGCCAUUGAUGUUGCCACCUCUAAAAGUGUCAAAGUUGGUAUUGAUUUCUUAAACUACUAACAGAUCAUUUGCCCCACCAUGGCCUGUUUGUGAGACUCAUCGUCCAGUAUUCCAUUUUUUGACUUUCAUGUGUCACGUAAUCAUCUUGAAUUUCAGCAGGCUAUAUGAGAACAGCUAAUAAGGUGGGGUAUGUCAUGCUUGUGCCCUUGAAGGACCAAAGGCUGGAUUUUAAAAGACCCUUAAAAAGUUUGAGGAGGAAAAGUUCCAGAAGUAGUAGAAGUUAUUUAGUUGUUCAAGCAUGUGUAAAGAUCUGCCUUUACUAAGUAUUAUUAUUGCAUCCUGAAGAUUGGUUAAGAAAUAUAACAUCAUUAUCUCUUUGCCUUGCUCUUGUUCUUCUUCCCUCUUCCUCCCAAGACACAUUUGCUAGUCCAGGUGGUUGAUGUAGGGGGGUAUCUGUAUGGCUUGUCUUUCUGAAACAGCACCAUCCUCUGAGCGUGGAAACAAGUUACAGCUUUCUUUUUGUUUUUGGCCUGUACUUUCAAAAAUGUAAGUGCUGAAAAUCAGGAACGAGAAGAAGUAGGAAGUGUCUUCACUUCUGAGAUCACACUGAAAAGAAAAUCCUUAGAAAUCCUUAAAAGUAGAUUUAGGAAACAUACAUAUUUUAGUAGCCUAAUGUCGGUUGCCCAAGCUUGAGAAGAAGGCCUUUCUUGUCAAGCUCUUUGAACUAGCUAUUGGAUUAAAGAGCUAACAUUGCCCUCGUACUUCAGAAAUUUAAUAAGAGCAAAGUUAUUUCCCUUUUUAGGUCUUAAAAACUUACAUUUAUUAGUUUUCUUUCAGAAUCACUGAACAGAUGAAGUUGGAAGGGAUUUCUGAAAAUUAUCUGGUCCAACCCCUAAGCCCUAAUAAGCUCUAAGCUAGAACAGGAUGCUCUGUCCUUUCAGACUGUGAAUGUCUUCAAAGGUGGAGAUGCCUAAACUUCUUGGGGCAAUCUAUUCCAGCCUUUGACAGUGCUCACUGUAAAAAGCAAAAAACAAAAAAACAAACACAAACAAACAAGAAAGAGCAACAAAGAACCACAUGUUUUUAAAAGCAUUUUCUUGUAUUUUAAUUUGUGCCCAUUGCCUCUUGUCCUUUUGCUGAAAACUGCUGAGAAGUCUUGCUCCAUUUUCUUUACUGUCUUCUGUGAGACUUUUAUAUGCAUUCCUGAUUGCUCCACAAGCAUGCUCUUCUGGAGUCUGAAGUCCUAGAUCUCUCAGCCUCUCUCCUCUUACAACUGAUGCUCUGAUCCCUUCAUCUGAUGCCUUGACAAAUGCAACCCACAAGUCCUUGUUGCUUGUACUGAGAAGCACAGAACUGGAUGCCAAAUGUGGUCUCACCAGGUCUUAAUAGAGAAGAAUAUUCACCUUCCUUAUCCUGCUGGCAGUCCUUGUGCAGUCCAGCUGUUGGCAUUCUUUCUCUCAAGGGUACGUUACUGGCUCAUGAAGACUCUGUGUCCACCAAGACCCUGAGGUCUUUUUCUGCGUAGAUGCUUCCCAGCCAGUUGACCCCCAGCAUAUACUGGUGUAUGGAGUUACUCCUUCAAAGCUUUAAGACUUUGCACUUCUCUCAUAGUCAUAUUUUUUUUCUUGUUAAUUCCUGUAUUUGGAAGUACAGUUACAUGAUGGCUGUCCAGGAGGAUAAACUGAUAACUUCAGUUUUAAAUCCACUCCUAGCUAGCAGACUGAUGCUAACCUGAAUAACCAUUAAAUGCUGAUGCUUUCAGAGCAUUUAUAUAGAGCUGUCUGAUUACCUGCUGGAAUUCAUUAUAUUUUUGGAACUUGCAAUUUUAAUUCUUAAACUAAACCUUCCUUUCUAAUAAGUUGAGCAUGAGUUCUGUCAGUUACUGACACUUUUGGGAAAUGAAAGCUUUAUCAAUGUUUUCACUGAUUUACAUUCCAAUCCUGCACUUAAGCUUUCUGUGUUUAUCCUGGAGAUCUGCCACUGUCAAGAGCUGCAGAACUGGUCUGCUGCAUUUGCCAUUGAGUUUUCUGUGUCUGUUGCAGAAUUCCCUAGUAGAAUAUGAAAUCUGUUCUGCAUUCAGCUUUAAAAAAAAAAAAAUAAAGAAAGAAAAGAAAAAAAAAAAAAGAAAAAAAAAAAAGAGAAGAAGAAAAAGAAAAUAAAAGGACUAUGGAGAAUGGAGUCACAGUAUCCGGCUGGAUACUUUCCUAUAAUUACAAAGUGUGCUUUCUAGCGUUCAAUUUCCUGCUGCCUGCUAAAUGCUUUAAAAGCUAAAUACUGGGAUUUUUUGUGUAUUGCUUUCCAUGGUUUACAAACAGGAGAAACUUUAAGAUGAGUUAUGAACAAUAUAAUUUUAUGUAUAUACAAUAUUUAAAUAUUGUACAGACUCUUUCUUUCUACAGUGCUAUUUUCUUGUAUAAAAAUGCUCUUUGCCUCUGUUGAUUUCAUUCAGCUGUUAAUUUUAAAUAACAUAGUUUCUCAAUCAGCUUCCAUAAUUAUAGGCUUUUAAAGAUGGUAAGAUAUGAAAUGUAAAAGGCUGAUCUUAUAAUAAUAGGAAAGAAAUGUUGAUGUGUCAGAAAAUACAACAUUCUUCCUGCAAUGCAAGUCACACCAGUUAAGCAUAUUACACAGAUGCACUUGUAUUUUGCUGGGAUUUCAUUUCUUUGUUUCAGAUGGUGACCAUUCCAGCAGUUCAUCAUAAUAAUGGAUGAAUCCUCCUGUAAAACAAAGUUCUAUUUAGCUUGUAUGAUCUGAAUAUACAGCUUCUUCUCUAGGUUUUGGAGUUUUACUAAGGAUCUUUUCCAGUUACAAAAAAAAUUAUA